AUGGGUCAGCCACUUUUUUUGUCUUCGGGCAAUCCUUGUCUAGAUUUCUUUUUCCAUGUAGUCCCAGACACACCCCAUGAAACUCUCCAUAAACUUUUGAAACUAUCUUGGGACCAUGAUUCUUUGACAACCUUAAAAUUGGUGGGAAAUUUGAGGGGUGUUAGAGGCACUGGCAAAUCAGAUAAAGAGAAUUUCUACGCAGCUGCACUUUGGAUGCAUCAAUACCAUCCCAAGACAUUGGCAUGCAAUAUAGGGACUUUCGCAGAGUUUGGAUACUUUAAGGAUCUUCUUGAGAUCCUUUAUAGGCUUCUUGAAGGGCCCGAGACUCGACGAAACAAGAAGAUGGAGUGGAUAGAGAAGAAAAGACAAAAGACUAGAGUGAGAAGACUUUAUUUUCUUAAGAAAAAGGAAGAGAAAGAAGAGGAUUUGGCCGAGGUGGAGAAGAAGAAGAUGUUGAGAGCUAAAGUGCCGAGAGAGGAAAGAAUCGAGGUGAAUAUGAAGAAAGUUAAAGGAGGAAAUGGAGAAAGCAAGAGAAUUGAGAAAAUUGAAAGUGUUCGACAUGGCAAAAAAGGCCUCCGAAAAGUACUGAAAUCUGAUAUUGAAUUCUUGAACUCUGGUGACAUUAAAAGUUUAAGUCUUGCAGCAAAAUGGUGUCCCACUAUUGAUUCAUCAUAUGAUAAGGCCACUUCGAUAUGCAAAAGCAUAGCUGAAAAAAUCUUUCCGCGUGAAUCUACCGCGGAAUCUGAAGGCCUCAGUGAAGAACAAUAUGUUUAUAAGGUGAAAAACAGGCUGAGAAAAGAAGUGCUUGUGCCAUUGCAUCAGGCUUUAAAAUUGCCUGAGGUGUUUAUGAGUGCAAAGCAAUGGGAACUUGUUCCUUACAAUCGGGUUGCAUCUGUUGCAAUGAGGAAUUACACUGAUAUUUUCUUACAUCGUGACAACAAAAGAUUCAGGGAAUAUCUUGAGAAUGUGAAGGUGGGGAAUGCGAAAAUUACAGCAGGAGCAUUGUUACCUCAUGAAAUAAUUGCCAAGUUGAAAGGUAGUAGUGGAGCAGCCAUAGUUGCUGAUCUUCAAUGGAAAAGAAUGGUUGAUGACUUGUUAAAAAAUGGGAAAUUAACAAAUUGCCUUGCAAUUUGUGAUGUUUCGGGCAGUAUGUUUGGGACACCAAUGGACGUGGCAGUUGCGCUUGGACUACUAGUUUCUGAACUUUGCGAAGAACCCUGGAAAGGCCAUGUGAUCACCUUUAGUGCAUAUCCAGAGCUUCACUUGAUUAGAGGGGGCAAUCUUAGGUCGAAAACAGAGUUCAUUAGAGAAAUGGAUGCUGGUAUGAAUACUGAUUUUCAAAGAGUAUUUGACAAGAUUUUGGAGUUGGCAGUUAGCGAAAACUUGCCUGAAGAGAAGAUGAUUAAGAGGGUUUUUGUAUUUAGUGAUAUGGAGUUCGACAUAGCCUCUGUGAGUCCAUGGGAGACGGAUUAUAUGGUGAUACAGAGAAAAUUCCAGGAAAAAGGAUACAAAAACGUGCCUGAGAUAGUAUUUUGGAACCUUAGGAACUCAUCUGCUACUCCUGUGACAGCUACACAGAAUGGGGUGGCUCUUGUUAGUGGAUUUUCCAAGAAUCUGUUAAAACUUUUCUUGGAGGAAGGUGGGAAUAUUAAACCUGAAGAUGUAAGGAAUUUGUCUGGUGAAGAUGUGAAGGCAGAAUCAUCAAAUCCAGAAGCUGUAAUGGAAGCUGCUAUAUCUGGUGAAUUGUAUCAGAAACUUGUUGUUCAUGAUUGA